AAGACAGCACUCCAUUCAAAGGUUAGACAACUUUUAUAUGAAAACCAUCAAAGACUACCAAGACUAUGCUGAGGCGUACAUGGAUGGACAAGCUAGAGAUUAUUAUAACAGUGCAGCGCAUCACAUGCUGACUCUUAAGGAUAAUGAAGAUGCCUUUUCCAGAUACGUUAUCCGUCCACGUGUGCUUCGCAAUGUUGCCUAUCGAAACAUGAGUCUCACAGUAUUUGGACAAAGUUUGAAAAUGCCGAUCGGUGUAUCUCCGGUUGCUUUCCAGAGGAUGGCUCAUCCUGAUGGAGAAAUGGGCACAUCUAGAGCUGUUGCAAGGCACGGAGGUAUAAUGAUACUCAGCAUGCUUGCUACGACAGGAGUGGACGAACUAUCAAACAGCUCACCUCUAGACAGUGUUCACUGGUUGCAAGUGUACAUUACAAGGAACAGAGAGAUCACCAAAAAUAUCAUUCAAAAAGCCGAAAAAGUAGGGUUCAAAGCCAUUGUCGUUACUGUGGACUCCCCUGUCAACGGAAUGUGGGGAGUGAACAUGGGGCGUAACCUUUCUCUUCCUCCACAUCUGUCGUUGCCGAACUUGCUCAUACCAGAUGUUGGAGGCAAUAUGAGAGUCGGAAUUCAGCAAGAACUGCUAGAUCCUGCACUCACGUGGAAGGACAUUCAAUGGAUUCAAACUUUUACUGGUUUGCCAAUAGUGGUGAAAGGAGUCCUCACUGCUGAAGACGCUAUACUGGCAGUUGAAAAUGGCGCAUCAGGAAUAUUAGUAUCAAAUCAUGGUGGGAGACAACUUGACACAGUUCCUGCAACGUUGGACGCUCUUCCGGAGAUAGUACAAGCAGUCAAGGGUCAAGCGGAGGUAUUCCUAGACGGAGGGGUUCGAUCAGGCAUGGAUGUCUUCAAAGCGCUGUCGCUUGGAGCAAGAGCGGUAUUUUUUGGACGACCUGCGAUAUGGGGACUUGUGCAUAGUGGUCAAAAUGGUGUGAGAAAUGUUUUAAGAAUAAUGGAGAACGAGUUGGAUCAGACAAUGGCUUUAUCAGGUGUGUCCACCUUGCAAGACAUCGACGGAACGCAUGUUGUGAGAAAGCAGUCGCUUAGCUAUCCAUUAGAGAGAAAAAUUUCCGAAGAACUAUGA